AUGUCGUGGGUGAAAUUAGUGGCGUCUAGCGAGGAUGUGUUCGACGAGGAUGUGGAUGAUAUUAGUCUGCAGAACAAAGAAUGGAAAUACAACAUGGAAAAACGCGCAAAGGAUGGUUUCAGAGAUGGCAGUGAUGCAGGGAAAGAAGCGUCUCUACAAACUGGUUUCAACAUGGGCUACACGGAAGGAGCCGCUAAAAUGACAGUCUUCGGUCAACUUAAAGGAAUCAUGAGUGCUGUUCGAUGCUGGUGUCAGGUUCAGCUGCCUGGAAGCCCGGCUUUAGCAUCAGUUACUGAUCUGCUACAGAGAUUGAAGACGCAUGAGGAUGAACUGGUGGAGGACAUGAGGAAAGCCCAGCAGGGGCCUCCACCUAGCAUGACUGAGAUGGUGGAUGACAUGGAGGACCUAAAUGUCGAGCAAAGCAACCGAGGUGGAGAAUCUAGGUGCUCAAAUAAUGGGGGCUGUUGUGGGGGAGGUGGAGUGAAUAAUGAUUGCUGUGGAAAUGUUGGAGGCAUGAGUGAAGAUUCACCAAGAACUCUUUGCCAGCAUUCUUUCUCUACUGGAGAGAGUCUGAAACAUCUGCUGAAGUGCUGCUUGGACGUAGUAACAGAACUGGGGCUCCCUGAAGAAUUAAAAUUUCACAUUCAGCAGCUCAUAGACACUUGA